UCCCUUCUUUGAAAAGUACCAUACUUUUAUUCAAUUAUAAUUAUUUUCUUCCUAGGGUUUCGUCACGAAUAAAAAACUAAAAUCAAGUCAACGUCUGCUUGAAUUUGGUCCCCAAAUUAAUGGAAAAUAAUAGCGCCCAGGAUCACUCAGACGGAGAGAUGAGCGUCGAAUCGAGGAAAUCUCUCGAUCAGUCGGCGCAAGUUAGCUGCGGGUAUCGCCUCUUCGAUCGCCAGCGGACGAUUCAUCAGAUUAUCGGCGGGGGUAAAGCUGCUGAUGUCAUCUUGUGGAAACAGCAUCAAAUUUCAUUUGGAGUUAUCAUAGUUGCUACUGUUGCAUGGCUUCUGUUUGAGUAUUCUGGACUAUCAUUCCUGACAAUCUCCUCAGACAUUCUGCUUAUUCUAAUUGUAAUUCAGUUCAUUCGGGCAAACAGUGCUGUUAUGCUGAAUAAGCAACUUAAACCAUUACCGGAGUUAGUUUUAUCAGAGGAAAUGGUUAACAAUGCUGCUGCUUCCUUUCGUGGUAAAAUGAACAACAUGUUGCUCAUGGCACAUGAUAUCACUCUUGGCAAGGACUUCAGGCUAUUUUUUCAGGUGGUGGCCUUUCUUUGGCUUUUAUCUGUGAUUGGAAGUUUCUUCUCAUUCUUCACUCUAGCAUAUGUUGGGACUAUCAUAUCGAUUACACUUCCUGCAGUAUAUAAUAAAUAUGAAGCGCAUGUAGAUCGUUGUGCUGGAUUGGUCCACCAGAAGCUUUCCAAACACUACAGGAUAGUGGAUGAAAAUGUUAUUCGAAGACUGCCAAGACGCUUUUCUAAGGAAAAAGAUUCAUAAUUCUUCUCAUAAAGGGAUUUCUGUAGUGUUUUGCAUGCGCAUCGUCUCUGGAGAGCCCUUCAGUGCCCAUCAGCUGUCACCUAUGCUACCAGCUCAAGCAGAAAUGGUUUUUUUUUUCCGCAUCUAAAACAGGGUAAUGUUGAUGCCAUCAACCAAAGCAGCAAGUGGGCGUUAUUGUAAUAUACUUUCUAUGGUGUUAUCCCAUGGUUCAUUCAAUGAGAAAUUUCUGGUUUGCGCCAUCUACUUUCUAUGUAUUUACUCAUUUUCUACUGAAAAAUGAUGUUCCUGUCAGGAUGUCUGAUUAUCCGAGUUCCAUAUAUGCGAAGAGCAUUUUUAACGACGCGAGUCUCUAUAUGAGAACAGCACUUUUAUUUUUGGACCCUCAUCUUGUGGGACGAAGUAUGAGACUAGCCACGCGAUCAGUUUCUAACGAAGGAACACUUCUCUUGUUUGAUAAUUGGUGCCGUUAUUUUGUGUCGAAAAGUAAUAUCUCUUGUUUGAGAAUUCUUGGAUGAGGGCGGGGCAGGGUAUUCGAAAAUAACGGUGUUGGUUCAAGGAUGCUCUUUCUUUCUUUUUAGGCCCCUCACAUAUGCAACGUACCGGAUCAACCUGAAAGAUUUCCUCCCAUGUAUCGGCGUCGUAAUUACUUUGUUGAAAACUCUAUUCCCCUGUAAUUGUAAAAUCAUGCACAUUCUUUGCUGAAUACAACGUUUUAACCUCUUUAACUUUUCCUUUUUACGCACAAUUUGAAAGAGAGGAAUCACAAGUAGAAAAGCACAUUACACAGGCACAACGUUUCAAAAGUAUUCAUGCCACAAGAGAACGAAAAGCUUCGGCUUCAUUAGAUUUUAGACAUCUGGAACAAUCAUUUUCUGAAGUAGUAACUGCCCCCCUCCUACUCUUUACAACACAUGCAAAGCCUUGGUCUCCCUUAAGCCAGGCCACCAAUCUACUUUACCCUCAAUCACACGUAAAA